AACCAACGAAAAAGAGAAAGAAUGAAUAUACGACCCAGCACGAUCUAAAGAGACAGAUUUAGUUGUACGCCAACUGUUCGACGAAUUGCCUCCUUGAACAUCUUCUUCACCGGAAACGAGGGUUUUAUACUUUAAGCUUAUGGAGGAAAAAGACUGGGAAGUUUCUUCUUCAAGCGAUAACGAAGCUGGUUUUCCAAACGAUGAUGACGAAGAGUUUCAUUCUGGUGGUUCAGUACCCAAGUUACAGUUCAGAGUAGGAUCUUCCAAGGCUCGUUGGAUGGCUGAGUUAGGAAUGGCUGAAGUUGAGGUUAAAAGGGGAAAACUUUGGACGACAACUGGAAUCAUUCGUAGUGGAAAGACAUAUUGCUUCAUAGAAGAGGCUCUGUAUUUGAGUGAAAUAGGAGAGUUACAGAUCUUGAGUAAUGAGGAUGACAUAGUGAUCCCAUUGAAGGACUUGUAUGAGAAAAUGGCAGAGGAAAAAAGCGGUUGCUCUUGGGAUAACUAUGAGGUUUAUAGAUACUUAAAGGGUCUAGGUUACAUCCUAGGCAGGAAUGGAAUUUCUUGGACGUUAAAGGAUGCUGCAAUUACGAGACCAAAUGGUGAAGAAGAGUCAGCUUGUGCAGGUGAAUGUCUUGAAGACAAGGAUACUGUAACUAAACUCUUGGGAGAUAUGCAGAUUUGUGAUGCAAAAGCUGUGUUUGACGUGUAUCUACCAAACAGCCGGUUCAAGAAGUCUUCUCCUGGUGAACCGAGCUUUGUAGCUUGCUUCUCUGGGGACUCUCCACCAAGCAAAGAAGAUAUUAAAGUCCUGCAAAAGCGCAUAGCUGCACCAUUAAUGUUCUGUCAUGUCGCUCAGGGCCGUGCCAGUUUCUUUUCUUUCAGUUCCAUAGACCUUCCUGUCUUACCAUAAAAUGUAACAAAAAAAACCGGAAUAGUCUUGUAUUUUUUAGACAAAGUCACGAAUCAAACAGAGGGUUUACAUACACUUGGAGUAACUUUGAUGAUGCGUAUUUGAUGAGGCAAUAUGUACAACUUUAUGUUUUUCGACAAGGCAUAGGAAGAAUCUUGUAAAGGGCUUCAGAAAAAGAAUGGAAAGAGGAAAGCUUCUUUGAGUGA